AUGCCGUUAAACAUCCCCUUCUUUAGGGGCAAGGAGGCGGCCUCGACUCCAAGGGAUGUCGUUGGGGAGCCCAUCGAGCAUGUUAUAACGACGUCUUCUGGGGAAAAGGAGAAGGCAACAGUGACAGCAACAGAGAUAUCCGAUGUUGAGGCAAACAACAGAUUGAACAUGUACCGCCGGGCCCACAAAUGGGACCCCAAUCUCGGGAAUGAUACUCUCGACGAGGUCACCAAUGCCGCUGUGUUGAACGAUUCUGGUGCCCAGAAGGUCCUUGAUAGGGUGAUUGAAAACUCACCUUAUCCAGAGGUUAGAGCCGCAGUACGAAAUUAUGACGAAGAGCUCCCCGCAAGUACCGUUCGCGCCUGGGUGAUCGGAAUGUUCUUGACGACUAUCGGUUCCGGUCUCAACAGUUUGUUUUCCCUCCGGGCUCCUUCUCUGAUCAUUUCGUCAGUCGUCGCACUCCUGGUCGCAUACCCUUUGGGUGUCGGUUGGGCAAAGGUUAUGCCGGCAAGAACAUUCAAUACCUUCGGAAUGAAGUGGCAAUCAAACCCAGGCCCAUUCAAUGUCAAGGAACACGUCUUGAUUAUUGUCAUGGCCAAUGCCUCGUUCGGAAAUGGAGUCGCAUACUUCACCGACACUAUCCAAGCCCUGAAGGCAUUUUACCACACGGACUACGGCUGGGGUUUUUAUGUAUGCCUUGCCUUGAGUACCCAGAUAGUUGGGUUUGGAAUAGCUGGUAUCGUACGCAAGAUCCUUGUGGAGCCAGCUUCUAUGAUAUGGCCACAGGAUCUAGUUAGUGCGACAUUCGUCUAUACUCUACAUGACAACACGAAAACCAACCCAGCCGAAACUAACGGCUGGAAAAUUAGCCGCUAUCGAUUUUUCCUUUACGUUUUUACAGGUUCAUUCAUUUGGUACUGGUUCCCGGGUGUCAUCGCCCCGUUCCUAAGUGUCUUUGCAAUCGUUACUUUCAUUAAACCAAAGAACGUUGUUCUCAAUCAGCUAUUCGGCGGCUGGACCGGCCUGUCACUGAUCCCUAUCACCUUCGACUGGACACAGGUCACAGGUUAUAUCCAGAGUCCUCUAAUCGCUCCCUGGCAUGCAAUUGGUAACACUAUGAUUGGAACCAUUGGCUUCUUCAUCAUCGUAACAUGUGGGCUGCAUUACUCGAACCACUGGUUCGCGCAGUAUCUUCCCAUCAGCGACUCUACUACAUACGACAACACUGCAAACCCAUACAAUGUUUCAAAGAUCUUGACGCCUGAAUUUACUCUUGAUGAGGAAAAAUACAAGGCAUAUUCCCCCCUUUUCCUUUCUACAACAUUCGCCAUGACGUACGGGCUUUCGUUCGCCUCGAUCGCAGCAGUAGUCACACACACUGCCCUUUUCCAUGGAAGCCAUAUCUGGACUAUUGUCAAGGAUAGCCGGGGUGAUCUUGAUGACAUCCACACUCGCAUGAUGAAAAAGUACAAGGCCGCGCCCUGGUGGUGGUAUAUAAUAUUGCUUGUCGUCUGUGUUGCGCUUUGCCUUGUUACAUGCCUUGCUUGGCCUACUCACCUCACCUGGUGGGCCUUGCUACUUGCCCUGUUCAUCUCCCUCGUGCUGACUGUCCCCAUCGGCGUGGUUCAGGCCACAACGAAUAUCCAAAUUGGAUUGAAUGUCUUCACCGAGUACAUCAUCGGUUACAUGCUCCCAGGCAGACCUCUUGCAAUGAUGUUAUUCAAGACGUAUGGUUAUAUCACCAUGGUUCAAGCACUCUCUUUCAUCCAGGACUUGAAGCUGGGUCAUUACAUGAAAGUACCUCCACGAAGUCUGUUCUGGGGCCAACUCAUUGCCACAUUGUGGUCCUGCUUUGUCCAGCUCGGCGUGCAGAUUUGGGCAUUGGAACAUAUCCCUGAUGUCUGCAAGCCACAUCAGGCGAACCGAUUCACUUGUCCACAGGGAAGGGUAUUCUUUGGUGCAUCUGUGAUCUGGGGUGUCAUCGGCCCCGCCCGUAUGUUCUCCGGAAAUGCUCUUUACGCGAGCCUUCAAUAUUUCUGGAUUGCUGGCGCAAUUGCGCCUUUUAUUUUCUAUGCCCUCGCCCGCAUCUUCCCACGUUCAAAUGCACGAUUUUUGAGCGCACCAGUUAUCUUUGGUAGUUCGCUGUACAUCCCUCCAGCCACACCGUUGAACUAUCUUGCAUGGGGUAUUGUCGGCUAUGUGUUCCAGAAAUAUAUCCGCAACAGGUACCGAGGAUGGUGGAUGCGUUUCAACUAUAUUACCUCUGCAUCUCUAGAUUCCGGACUUGCAAUUUCUACAAUUGUUAUUAUCGCGGCUCUCAACUUGACAGGCGCCAAAUUCCCAUCGUGGUGGGGCAAUACGGGGUCCAUGGAGACUCUUGAUAACUUGGGAACAGCUAUCCGGCAGCCCCUGCAGGAAGGUCAGAAAUUUGGGCCAACGGUGUGGUAG